AUUUCAAUUUUGAAAUGAAUUUCCUCUCCACUCUCUCCUCUCAUCGACGGCGAUGAGGCCACUCAAACCUCUCCUUGAUAGCAAGUUUUUUGUGCGAGGAGGAUUUUGGUUUUGCUCGAAUUUUGGGGUUUCGUUUGCUUUAGGUAGUUUUCCUGCAGAUUCAUCAAGUCUUGGCGGCGAGAAGGGGAACAUACACAGAGGGAUGAUGAUGGCGGUGACCGAGUUUUUGGCCAUGGAAGAUUUCGAUCUGAUGGUGGAAGCGGUGGGGGUCGAGGAAAAAGAGUGAUGUGUAUCUUAGCUUACCAAUCAGUUUUGCUUUGGACUACGAGGCGGCAUGGCUAUCUUGCCCUGUCAACGAUGGGUGAGGAGGAAGGGGUUUGGUUGGCUUCAGGAGGAAUUGGGAAUUGUUUUGUCAAUGGUGGCUAAGGGGUGGCCGAUGGCGGCGACGACUCUUUUCUGGCAGGGGCUUGCGUUUCUCGGUGGGAUUGCUUGAAUCGGAUUUUUCGAUGAUUGGAUGGAAUUGAGAUUCUAAGGGGCUUAUACUUUCCAGAAAAAUCAAGAUUUACUCCAUUUGAAUUUAAAUUGAAUUUUUGUUACUUCUCAUGCCAGAUGGCAUCAAUAACUGGGUAGGAAAUUUUGGAAUUAAUAGUGCCAAAGAUU